AUAUCUUUGUAAAGAAAAAUAGGUAAUAUGUCGAAGAUGAUGGAACAAAAGAAAGUGGCCAUCAUUGGAGCUGGAAUAAGCGGCCUAGCGGCUUGCAAGUUCAUUAUAUCCAAAGGAAUGGUCCCAAUUGUGCUCGAUGCUAGAGGUGUCAUUGGUGGUGUUUGGAACGAGACGCUUAAGUCGACCGUACUGCAAACACCUACACACAUGUUCAGAUUCUCAGAUUUUCCUUGGUCGAAAUCAGUGACUGCAGAAUUUCCAAUGCAUAAUCAAGUUCUCGAUUACAUCAAAUCUUACGCCGAACAUUUUGGAUUGUUGAAGUACAUUAGACUCAACUCCAAAGUUGUUAGUAUUGAAUAUGAAGGUUUCUCUGAUGAGGAGAUUGAAGGUUGGACUCAUUGGGGCCACUCCGGCAACGCCUUUGCUAAAGGGAGCAAAUGGAGGCUUAACGUUGUUGAUGCUCAGACUAAUGCUCCGCUUCAGGAGGUUGUAGCGGAUUUUGUAGUACUCUGCAUUGGAAGAUUCAGCGACGUUCCAAAUAUUCCAAAUUUCCCUCCCAAUAAAGGCCCCGAAGCUUUCAAAGCCGGUAAAGUUCUUCACUCUUUACAAUAUUCCGCCAUGGAUUUCGACAGUGCUGCGAACCUCAUCAAGGACAAGCGAGUCACCGUUGUCGGUUUCCACAAGUCUGCUCUUGACCUUGCCAUGGAAUGUGCCAAUACAAAUGGCCCUAAAAAUCCUUGCACUCUGCUUUACAGAACUAAGCACUGGAACCCACCUGAUACUACUCCAUGGGGGAUUUCUUUGGGUUUUCUCUACAUGAAUCGAUUUGCUGAGCUUAUGAUUCACAAACCUGGAGAGGGUUUGCUUCUCUACCUCCUCGUCAUUCUUUUUUCCCCAAUUAGAUGGUUGAUCUCGAAGCUAGUGGAAACCCACAUAAAGAGGAAGGUAAAAUUGGCGAAAUAUGGGAUGAUCCCAAAACAAAGCUUUCUACAGGACAUCAGCUCGUGUGUAUACGCAGGAUUGCCUAAUAAUUUCUACGAUAAAGUGGACGAAGGAAGUAUAAUUUUGAAAAAAGCACCGAGUUUUAGCUUUUGUGAAGAGGGUAUCAUGAUCAAAGGAGAAACCAAACCGGUUCACUCAGAUUUGGUCGUUUUGGCUACCGGAUACAGAGGAGAUUUGAAGCUUAAAGAUAUUUUUGCUUCCUCUACUUUUCGAGAUUACAUGUUUUUUGGCGAUUCAGUAGUUCCCAUGUACAGGCAAUGCAUUCAUCCUAGAGUCCCACAGCUAGCUGUGAUUGGAUUUUCAGAAAGUAAUUCAAAUUUGUACACGUCAGAAAUACGAAGUCGAUGGCUGGCGGAGUUUCUGGAUGGCACAUUCAAACUACCAAGCGUCAAAGAGAUGGAGAAGGAUAUAGCUAACUGGGAGAAGUGCCUGAAGCUUUACUCAGGCCCUUUCUACAAGCGAGGUUGUAUUGCCACUUUGCAUAAUUGGUACAAUGAUCAGUUAUGCAAAGACAUGGGGUGGAACCCCAAAAGGAAAAAAGGCUUCUUUGCCGACUUGUUUUUGCCUUAUGGCCCUACAGACUAUGCCUUCCCAUGACAAUUACACCAACUUAAACCUAUCUAUAUCGCUAUUUUAUUCUAUCCAAUAAAAAUUUAUAUUGUCAUUGCUCUAGUAAAAGCAAUGCAAUUUCAGCACCUCCA